GUAAUAUGUAUUCCCCAAUUUAUAGAAUCGCCGUUCAUGGGUGGAUGAUUCACGUCUAACACAAUCGCAAUUUAUGAUUGGCUCUGAAUCUGGUGGCAACGACUCAGAUAAUAGCGCAGAGGAACCAAUGUCUAUUACAUCGGAUACACAUUUACUCCAACGAAAUAUGCCAAUGCGUCAAAGUUUGCAACGUGAGCUAAUGGAUAAUACACUUUCACGUGGCGGUGUGCGGAGUAGUUUGCAAGCACAAAAGCGUACGGAUUUGAAUAAUUCUCGUAGAAAUAGCGUGCACGGGUAAACUAAACUACAUAUAAACAUAUUCUUAUUUUUGUGCAAUUAAUUUUUACCCAUCCAAUUUUUCCUCUACUUUCAAACGCGUCUUUAUGUGUUAAUGGCAACCGGCAUGCAUUUCGGUUUAAUUGAUUGGUUGGUUGGUUGGUAGUGGGUGUAGAAAGAAAAUAAAAAUGUGGAAACGAUUUUUGGGUAAAUAUUGCGAAAGAAAACCAUUGAAAGCCAUCAAAAUGCUUUUUAUUUGUUUGUGUGUGUGAUAACAUACUGCUAAAUUUUGUUGUUGUUGAUUGCUUUCUUUACGUUUGUGCAUAGGUAUGUAACAUGUGUAUAUAAACAUAUGUAUAUACAUUUUUAUACCCAAUGCAUGGUUGCGUGCAUUUAUUUGGAAAUAGCUCAAACAUUUUAGAUCAAAAUUUUCCCCUUGUACAAAAAUAAAUAUUAACUGAAAAGAUAGAAAUAUGUUCGCAAAAUUUUAUCAAGAGGACAAGUUGCCAUGAAUCCUUAAUUUGGCCAAAGAGUAACAUAUUAGUUGCGUUCCAGAUAACUUCGUGUUAAAACCUGUAAAGCUGUCAAAUAACAAAAUUACUUUCUUGAAGAGAGGAGCGAGAGCGAAACAAUAAAGGUCACCUGGAACGCGAAAACCACUUUUCCUGUAACUACUUCGAUUUUUUUUUUAUGUAAAGUGCCAUGGAGACGAUCAAAUAUCUUUAUCAACCGUCUCGCGUUAUGCUUGACAAAAAACAAACGCACUUGCCUUCGUGGUGAGCAAGUGCGCGGACAAGAAAAAUAAAUUUUUUGUUUAAUUGACGAGUUUAUUUGAACGUUUGCGGGCCAAUCUCAUACAUAUGCAAUGCUUGACGUAU